GGUGUGUAAUGUGUGUGUCUGUCCCUUCUCAGGAGUCCUGAUCAGAGGAGGAUCUUCCAGCUGAUCCCGGGUCCAGCUUUUGCGAAGCACUUCUCGUGGAUCCAGGAUGAGCAGCGUUGCCCCUUCCAAGAAACCGUACCGCAAGGCUCCUCCACAGCACCGAGAGAGCCGCCAUGACCCACCUGCAGCGCGGGGGGAGGAGACUCCAGAGCAGCCAAGUAAGGAAACGCUGACAGAAGGAGACCGGAUCAACUUUCUGCAGCUCCAAAACGAUGAACUCCGCCGACGCUUGGCGUAUGCUACGACGAAGAUGGAGGCCAUGGAACACGAGCUGGAUGCCGGCCGCCAUUACCUGGAGGUGGAGCUAUGCCGUAACCGGGAGGAGCUGGAGAAACUUAAGGACAAGUUUCGGCGGUUACAGAACAGCUACACGGCCUCACAGAGGACCAAUCAGGAUCUGGAGGAGAAGCUGCACACUCUGAUAAAGAAGGCGGAGAUGGACCGCAAGACGCUGGACUGGGAGAUCGUGGAACUCACCAACAAACUUCUGGAUGCAAAAACCACCAUCAAUAGACUGGAAGAGUUAAAUGAGCGAUAUCGCCAGGACUGUAACCUCGCAGUUCAGCUUCUCAAGUGCAACAAAUCUCAUUUCAGAAACCACAAAUUUGCCGAUUUACCGUAUAAGCUGCAAGACAUGGUCAACAAACAUCUGCAAAACUCGGCUUCCUCCCCUGGAUCAGGACAAGAUACCCCUCCGCCUGUCCUAUCACAAUCUGACGUAGUGCCGACUUCUAUUAUUGCACGAGUUCUGGAGAAACCAGAGUCACUCAUUCUGAAUUCAGCCAUGUCCAGCAGCGGAAGCGGCCCGACAGCUGAGGAUGUCUUUGUCCAUGUCGAUAUGAGCGGUUCUAGUCAGCAGCAAAAUGGUGUCCUGCAGAAACAGGGGAGCGUGGACAGCACUGGCGAAGAAGCAGCGACUUUUGAAAAACUGAGUCCCUACCCCACCCCUCCACCCCCGCACACCAUGUAUCCAGGCCGUAAGGUGAUAGAGUUCUCAGAUGAGAAAGUGCGGAUUCCUAAGAACAGUCCGCUGCCCAAUUGUACCUACGCAACUCGGCAAGCCAUCUCCCUUAGUCUGGUACAAGGUGAGAAUGGGAGUCCAGACCGGCAUCGCACCGUUCCCAACAGUCCGGCAUCUUCAGGCAGCUACCCGCAGCGGGCACGGAGCGCUGAUAACCCAACACGCUCUCCGCUAAGCAGUGCUGCCCCUAGUUCUGCCAGCUCUGAGGAGGACAUGUUGGCCAACUGGCAGAGGAUGUUUGUGGAUAAAGCGGCCCCUGGCACAGAUGGGUCGUUGGGCCAUCGCACGUCCUACAGCCGGGACACUGCCUUGGAGUUGCAGCAGAGAUUCAGCCGCUCUAUGCAGGAACUGAGCCAUGCAGCUCAAGCGUUCUCUGAACGAGAGUCCUCUGGAAACAGCUGGCUCAGCAGCCGGGAGUCCAGUUUGGAUAUGGAAAGCUCCAGCUCAAAGAGGGGUCAUCUGCCCAAUGAGUACGGCAGGGACUUCUCCAAAGAGGAGGCUCAGGACCUACUCUCUGGGGGUGUUGAGGAAGAGGACGACACUGAGGAGCCGCCUGUCAUCGAUGAGGACAUAGAGGAAGAUCAAGAACUAGAAGACCAGAUCCAGGAGAUCCACCUAGAACCAGGACCAGAGCCAGAGACUUUUUUGGAGAAACCUCCGAGUGGCCGCCCACACCGUAGCCCAAAGAGGAUGGGUGUGCAUCACCUUCACCGCAAGGACAGCCUAACACGGGCGCAGGAACAGGGGAACUUAUUGAACUAGAGGUGGCGCUCCGUG